AUGAAAAGCUUCUUUCAUGGCUCGGCAUGGCUUUUGCGUCUCCUGCGAUCCGUACCUUCUCGGGAUUCAGGUCGUGACCCGAAUCGCGUCCUGCAGCGUGUUCCGACCGACCAACGCCACGUGUUCGACGCGCUCGUUCGGUUUGACGGUCCCGCCGCCAACCGUCACACUUCAAACGGCGGAUGUAACCGCCGACGGGAACACGACGCUUCGCCGAGCGACGCCACCGUACUCCAUUUUCUACUUAACCCACCUACUUCUCCUCCUCUCCUUCAGCAGCAACACCGAGAACCCGAUGCCCCAAUGACUGUCACGGCCAACCCAGAGCCCCCCGUCCACCCCGGUGGCCUCGCGGCUGCCGGCGGAAGCGCAGGCGACGACGACGGCGACGACCCGUCAGGACACAAGCGCCUCAAACGCAACAACAACAUCGACGCGAACCCCGUCUUCCCCGAAGACGAUGACGACGAGGAGACUGGCGACGAGGAGGCCGGAAAGAAACCUCCUGCGCCGCUUCGUCGUCCUCCCCGCCGGCCCGAGGCUGCCGGGCCGCGGCAGUGCGACAUCUGCAAUAAGAUCUUCAGUUCGAUCAAUGCGCUGCACGGGCACAUGCGCAGCCACCCCUUCCGGAAGUUGCACGGCUCGGCGACGCCGUCGUCUGGGAAGCUGGAUGCCGAGCAGGAGGUGGCGGACUCUUUGCUUCUGUUGUCUGGGCAGGGAGGAGCGACGCGGAAGAGAAGGUUCAUCUGCAGCAGGUGCAACAGAGAGUUCGCCACCCGGCAGGCUCUCGGCGGCCACCGCGCGAGCCACAAGAGCCAGAAAGGCUGCUUUGAGAAGGCCAGAGAACUAAGAGAGUACGGCCCCAGAAGCGGGAGGAGAAGAAGGAAGAGAGGAAUCAACAACGAGGGGCCGUCUGGGACCAAAAUCACAGAAGCAGCAGCGGUGACAUUUCCAGUGACAGCACCACCGGCAGCGCCUCGCGCAGCAACAAGAGCAGUCGAAAGGACGACGACGACGACGACGACGACGACGACGACGGUGAGGAGGGGUAGGAAGAGGAAGCUGGACCUGAACCUACUGCCGGCGUCUUCGGACGACACCAGCGGAGGCAAUGGCAAUGGCAAUGGCAACGGCAACGGCAACGGGAGUCCGACAUCCGGUGCCAAAUGUUGA